AUGAAGAAGCGGAUGGACUUUAUGAUGAACACCCUUAGAGGACGAAUGUCUAGCGACCUCGAUGACUUGGUCCUCCGAAUUGAUUUGCCAUUCACAGUGCCCGUCACUUCAUUCCCCCUUCCAUCAAAGUUUCGUAUGCCGCAAGUGGAAAAUUACGACGGAUCCAAGGACUCCUUAGAUCAUUUGGAGUCUUUCAAGACCUUGAUGCACUUGCAAAGGGUGCCAGAUGAGAUCAUGUGCAGAACCUUCCCCAUCACGCUGAAGGGACUCACAAGGAUCUGGUUCAGCAGGCUGACGCCGAACUAUAUUGGUACCUUCAAGGAGUUAAGCGCCCAAUUCGCCUUACACUUCAUCGGGGGACACAGGUACAAGAAGUCCACUGCAUGCCUGAUGAACAUUAAGCAGCGGGAGGACGAGAUGUUGAGGUCUUACAUAACCCACUUUAACAAGGAGGUCCUUUCGAUCGACGAAGCGGAUGACAAGAUUCUCGUGGCAGCAUUCACCAAUGGACUACGGAAAGGUAAGUUCCUAUUUUCUCUAUAUAAAAACAACCCAAAGACUAUGUCAAAUGUGUUUUACAGGGCAACCAAGUACAUAAACGCAGAUGCACUACUAGCCCGAGAAGAGAAGCCCAAGAAAAGGGAAAGACAAGAAGACAUGUGGCCAGACAAGGGGAGAAAGAUGGCUAGGAUCGGAGAGCGGCGGGAGGACAAACGCUCCAAGCCCCUUGUAGGGAAGUUCAUAAGCUUCACCCUACUAUCUGCCCCAAACAACCAGGUUUUGAUGCAAAUCAAGGACGAAGGAGUCUUGACCUUUCCCAGCAAGUUGAAGGGGGAUCCUAAUAAGAGGUCUAGAGACAAGUACUGCUGCUUCUAUCGGGAUCACGACCACAACACAACUUGCUGCUACGACUUGAAGUAG